AUGGAGCAACCAAGUGCAGCGCCGACCUCGUCGGCCCCGUCGACGUCAGAAAGAACAGAAGCUCCUCCAUCGGCGAGCGCGCUCGUGGUUGCCUCGAGUGUACCUACAGAGGAACCGGCGGUCUCGAGUCCGGCCUACUCUUCAGCUGCCCCGGUUUCCCUCUCUGCCCCGGCUACUGCUGGCUCGCCGCUGGUAGGGAGUUCCACAGCUCCCAGUUCCGCUGGGGAUUCUCAAACUUCCCCCCCUCUCGAGUGUACAUCGUCUUCAGCCUCUGUUAAUCCUGGCACUUCGCCUCCUUUGUCUGCUGCGUCCUCCGCGGCUGUCCGUUUGGACGGCGCCAUCCACGGCUUCGAUUGUGCGCGAGGCGAGCUUUUGCUCACAGAGGCGGAGGCGCGAGCAGUCGAGGAACAUUUGGUGGCCGAGUGGGCGAAGAAGGGAUCAGAAACUGGCGGCGACAAGUCCGGUCGACCGCUUUGGCGUCUUCAACCGGUUAUUGAGGCUGCUCGUUGCCCUGGAGGCGCGAAACGGUCUCGCAAGGGUGUAGGCGCCUCGUCGCGUCGAGGGCUGAACGCGCUUUCUGGCCUUCUUGAUAGUGCAGGCGUGAAGCUCGAGCCUACAGAAUUAAGCGCCUCGGGGCGUCCUCAGCGUUCUUCGCGAUCCUCGUCUUCCUCUGCAGGCCCUUCAGCCGCGAGUGCACCAGCAGAAACUUUGUCUCAUUCCGCCUCUCACACUUCGUCUCCUUCCCAAGAAGCAUCCAGUCGGCGAGGAAACUCGAAAGAUGCACAGGCGGGAAGCCAGUCCUGGGUCCCCUCGCCGUGGGUUUGCUGGAUGCAUGAGGUUCUCGUGGAGCUUUGUAAACAACCGGUAUGUCUCCCUUUCUUCCCGCGCGUCUCUCCGCGUGACACCCACUAUCCUGAGCUCGCUCGGAAGGUCUUUCCGGCCAUUCCCAUCACUUUGGAAAGCGUGCUGGACCGCCUGGAGCGAAACGAAUACACGUGCACCGAAGAGGUUUUCAAUGACGUCUACACUGUCUUCCUGUGCGCCUUUCGAUACUACGAGCCGGGAAAUCAGUACUGGAUGAUGGCACAAGAAGCUUCGAUUGUUUUCCAGUCCCUGACUCAAAACAAGCGUCUUUUGUCCUGCGACUUUGAUGGCUUCAUUGCUGGCGCUCUCAACCACUCCAGCGCCUCUGCCUCGUCCUUGGGUGUCUCGACGCCCGGGGCGGCAGGCGGCCCAGGCCUCCCGCCUGCUUCAGUGGGUCAUCAGUCCAGUGUCGGAAGCAAGCAACAGAUCGCGGGCCGAGUGGAGAGGAAGGGAAGAGGUCGAGACGCAGGCAAAGCGGGAAAAGGAAAAGCGAAAGGUCGAGGAGCGACAGGUCUGCAGAACUCCGGCACCAGUGGAGAGCUGGGCAACGUCUACCACGCAGGCGCUUCUGGUGCACACCUCUUCCCGUCGGGCCCUAGUGUCCCUGCAGCUUCGGGCGUGGUCAAGGCGGAAGAGCGUGAGGCCUUCCAGCAGAUCCUUGGCCAGCUGGACAUGGAAGUUCACCUGGAGCUGUACAGCGUCUUCAAGGAUCGCGCCAUGUGGCUGUCCUUUGGCACUGGAGAAGUGGAGCUGGACGACGCCAGUACUGCGCCGGAAGUUUUUCGGGAAAUGGUUGCCUGGUGUCGAGGGAAAUUGGCCGAAAAGCACCAGCGGCAAGCUUCUCACGGCCUUCCCCACGCGCAAAAUCUCCUGUCUCCCGCGGGCCGUUCGGCGCCGCCUACGUACUCGAUGCAGGCUCCAGGCGCGGCCUACGGUGGAGCGCCUCUGCUUGGUGGCGAUGCUUCCCAUGGAGUCACGCACGCGGCCACGAAACGACCGGCCGCGAGUAGCGAAGCAGGAAAUCUUCCCUCGCCGCCGGAGAAGAAACAGCGCACCUCUGUGGCCGACAGCGGCAGCUCCAGCUCUUCGGAUGACGGCAGCGACGACGAUUACUGA